UUUGAUGAUUCGAAGUGGAGCGAAAAAAUGGCACCGACUUCUGACGAUCCAGACAAGGUUCCUGAAGAUGAUCUGUCAAGCAGCUUGGCUCAGAGACGUGGAAAGCGAGCGGUAAGCAGCAAGAAGAACAGUCGACUUGCAGCGUUGGAACGACUCAAAGAGGCAAAGAAAGGAACAGGAUCCAAAAGCAGAUUUGAGUCGGACGACCUUCAGAAUGUGUACGAUGAAGUGGAUGAAGACGAAUACUCAAGAAUGGUCCGGGAUCGUCAAGACGAUGACUGGAUUGUUGACGAUGAUGGAGGAGGAUACGUGGAAGAUGGACGAGAAAUAUUUGACGAUGAUCUUUAUGGAGAGGAAGGACAGAAAACAGCAAAAGGUAAAAAGGACACCAAAGCCGCCAGUGAAAAAGAAUCAAAGAAACUGAAUGUGAAGAAGCCGUCCGUUUCAAAGUCACAUGACAUCAAGUCCAUGUUCAAGAUGGGAGCGUCGAAACAGCGUAAACCUGAGAAGGAUGCCAGCAUCGCUGACGAUGAACUUCUUGGAGACAUUCUGAAUGAUCUGCAUAGUGAUAAACCAGCAAUCAAACCUAUGCCCAUCAAAAAGAAAAUGAAAACGCCAACAUCUGGGAUGUCCUCAACGAGUCGUAAUCCUUUCUCCAAAACCCCCACACGUCCACGCCCCUCUCCAUCGCAACCUCGAAAUAUGGGCUACGACGCAACUCCGCCAACCGCUAUACAUAAACAGCGCCCUCCUGUGAGAAAAAUGGUGGUCAAACGGGAGCCGGAGGAGGAUUAUGUGGAACCAGCCAAGAAGGUGAAAAGGUCGGAGGUGGUUGUCAAGGAGGAACCUAUGGAAGAGAUCGAGGAAUAUUCAGAAGUGUCACAUGAUCAAAACCAUGGUUUCGAAAAUGUGGAUUUUGACAACGAAAUAGAUGAGUUUGAUUCGGAAGACGUGAAAGAACCAGUGAAAGUAGAGCAGGCAGUCAAAAAGGAAGCCCAAGUUAGCCAGCCCCAGCCAAUGAAGAAAGCCUACGUUCAUCCUGACGCCUGCUCCAGCACUGGCUGGGAGACCAUUCGAGAAGAGGCAGAAGACAACAAGGAUGCGGUUGCCAUGGAUAUACAGGUCAACAGUGCAUCGUUACCGAUGACAACCAAUGAAGCAGGGGACCAGGUGUUGAGGUUCUUUUGGUUGGAUGCUUACGAGGAUCCCUAUAAACAACCUGGGACUGUGUAUCUGUUUGGACGUGUAUGGAUUGAAUCAGCCAAGAUCUACGUCAGCUGCUGCCUCACGGUCAAGAAUCUUGAGAGAGUUAUUUACUUGUUGCCCAGAGAAACGGCUGUAGACAUAAAGACAAAACAAAACACCGGGCAGGAAGUCACCAUGACAGACGUCUAUCAUGAAUUUGAUGAUCUCACCAACAAGUACAAAAUCAUGAGAUACAGGUCAAAGAAAGUGACCAAGCAGUACUGCUUUGAGAAGGAAGGGGUACCAGCCGAAUCAGAGUACCUGGAAGUUAGAUACGCGGCUGAUCUUCCACAGCUUCCCAGCGAUCUAGAAGGAAGUACAUUUAGUCGUGUAUUUGGUACAAACACCUCAAGCUUGGAGCAGUUACUCAUGGAGAGAAAGAUCAAGGGUCCAAGCUGGCUGGACAUCCAAAUGCCUCAGGUUCCAAACCAGCCAAUAAGUUGGUGCAAAGUUGAAGCGGUCGUCAACAAGCAAGACCACAUCACCGUCGUGAAGGACAUAACCCCUCCUCCCUUGGUUGUCAUGACGAUAAGUCUACGCACUAUUCUCAAUCAGAAGACCCAUCAGAAUGAGGUGAUUGCCAUUGCUGCCCUCAUACACCACAAGUUCCCAAUGGACAAAGCUCCACCCAAACCUCCAUUCCAGCAACAUCUAUGUGCCAUCUCUAAGCCGAGUGAUUGUGUGUUUCCCUUUGACAUUAAAGAUGCCCUCGGUAAACAGAAAUCCAAAGUUGAGAUCAUGGCAACUGAGCGAGCACUGCUUGGAUUCUUCCUGGCCAAAGUGCAUAAGAUCGACCCCGACAUCAUAGUGGGACAUGACAUCUUUGGUUUUGACUUGGAUGUCCUGCUACACAGGAUCAAUGCUAACAAAGUUCCACACUGGUCUCGGAUUGGACGACUAAAGAGAUCCAUUAUGCCCAAAUUGACGGGCGGUUACGGAGGAAAGGGCGGCACCUUUGCCGAGAAGAAAUCAACAUGCGGUCGUAUCAUCUGCGAUAUCAAGAUCUCUGCCAAGGAGUUGAUGAGAUGUAAGAGCUACGACCUGACUGAGUUGACUAAGCAGGUCCUGAAGAGCGAGAGAACUCAGAUACCGUUUGAAGAAUUCAAAAAUAUGUACAGCACCUCUCGUCAGUUGAUGUAUUUCGUAGAGAAUACUUGGAUGGAUGCGUCGUACAUUCUAGGCAUCAUGUGUGAACUCAACGUCAUUCCUCUAUCCUUACAGAUCACCAAUAUCUGCGGUAAUAUCAUGUCGCGGACUCUGAUGGGAGGUAGAUCUGAGAGGAACGAGUAUCUGCUCCUUCACGCCUUCUUUGAGAAGAACUUUCUCUGUCCGGACAAAGAAUACAAGAAGAAAACUCCUCAAGCAAAUGCCCAUGAUGAUGAUGGAGACGAGAACCAGACUGAUAGGCAAACGACUACAAAGUCAAGACGGAAACCAGCCUAUACAGGAGGCUUAGUACUGGAGCCAAAACGAGGUUUUUAUGACAAGUAUAUUUUACUGCUGGACUUCAACAGUCUGUAUCCAUCAAUCAUACAGGAGUAUAACAUCUGCUUCACUACCAUCAAUAGAACACAGCCAGAAGAAACGACUGACGAGGAAUGGAUACCAGACGUUCCAGACAAGUCAGUGGAGUUCGGAAUCUUACCGACUGAGAUUCGUAGACUGGUUGAUAGACGUAAGCAGGUGAAGCAGCUUAUGAAACAAGCAGACCUCAAUCCUGAUCUCAAACUCCAGUAUGACAUUCGUCAAAAGGCUUUGAAGUUGACGGCUAAUAGUAUGUACGGUUGCCUAGGUUUCUCACACUCAAGAUUCUACGCCAAGCCCCUAGCCGCCCUGGUGACUGGCAAAGGAAGAGAGAUUCUUCUGCAAACAAAAGACCUUGUACAAAAGAUGAAUCUUGAUGUGAUCUACGGUGAUACAGAUUCCAUUAUGAUCAACACCAACACCAAUGAUCUGGACCAGGUCUACAAAGUGGGCAACAAGGUCAAGGUUGAAGUAAACAAGUUAUACCGCCUGCUGGAGAUUGACAUUGAUGGUGUCUUCCAGUCAAUGUUGCUUCUAAAGAAGAAGAAGUAUGCAGCACUAGCCGUUGAGCGUCACCCUGAUGGCAAAAUAACAACCAAGCAAGAAUUAAAGGGUCUGGACAUCGUCCGCAGAGAUUGGAGCGAGUUGGCAAAGGAGGCUGGAAACUAUGUGAUUGGUCAGAUCUUAUCAGCUGACCUGAGAGAAACCAUUGUGGAGAACAUCCAUUCCAAGCUGACGGAGGUCGGUGAGAAGGUCAUGAAGAAUGAAGUCCCUCUGGAGAUGUAUGAGAUUAACAAGAGUCUGACGAAAGCCCCCCAGGACUACCCCGAUAAGAAGAGCCUUCCUCAUGUGCACGUUGCUCUGUGGCUCAACAGCCAGGGAGGCAAGAAGGUUGGAGCUGGAGACACGGUGUCUUACAUCAUUUGUGAGGAUGGCUCUGUGUUGCCAGCCAGUCAGCGUGCAUACCACCCAGAUGAAGUCCAGAAGCAAGACCACCUGAAGAUUGACUACAAGUACUACCUAGCACACCAGGUUCACCCGGUCGUGUCGCGCCUCUGCGAUCCAAUCGAGGGCACGGACUCUGCCCGAAUCGCUGAAUGUCUUGGACUUGAUCCGGCCGGUUACCGUCAUGCAGUGCGCCAGCAUAAUGACGAGGCUGAUGCCAUGCUUGGAGGCGAUGCAGCCAUGGCGGACGACGAGAAAUACAAAGACGCUGAUCGCUUUAAGUUUAUCUGCCCACGCCCUGGAUGCGGUAAAGAGAAUAUUAUCGACAGCGUCUUCACUGGAGGGGACAAGCUGGUUCGGUGUGCGUUGGACGAGUGCGCAAACCCCGAGUGUAAGACAGUCUUGUCCAAUCACUGGAGACUCAUGAGUAAUCGACUCAACCUACUUAUCAGGGGAUAUAUACAGAGAUAUUAUGCGGGGUGGAUGGUGUGUGAGGAUACCUCGUGUGCACACAGGACUAGGAGAACCCCUCUGAAUCCCCAACGGCAGGGCUUCAUCUGCCCAGUGUGUCAAAGAGCCGUUCUGAAACCAGAGUACACGGACAAGUCCCUCUACUAUCAACUGUCCUUCUUCCAGUCCAUCUUCGACGUCGACAGAGCUAUCAAGAAACUGUCUGAGGGUGAGAAGGGUUUUGCCAGCGUUGCUGUGAGGGAUCAUCUAGAAAACUACGCCCGACUCAGGAACUUCUUAGACAAGAAACUAAAACAAAGCAAGUACUCCGAGGUGGAUUUGACUAGACUCUUCUCAGGGCUGACAACAAUGGUACUCGGGCAAUCCAUAAAGAAAGAAUGAGCUAGUCUCCAUACAAGCAGUUUGGGUGUGUAAUAUUUAAUUGUGUAUAGACUUUAUACCAUAAUGUCUACUACUUUGUUAUGGUCACUGAAUACUUUUUGCAUUGAAAAGAGACCAAACUCCUAUUGUGCCUGUUUUGGGUAUUAUUCCUUCUAGUAUAUCAUUAUGUCACUGAACAGAACGGACUGGUUGCUAAGCUCAAAUUUGAGGCAUUAGAAAUUUCAGACUCCUAUCUCGAGUUCAGACUUUGUUUAUGUCUGCAUGGAGAAGAAAAUCACUGCUAUUUUAAUGAAGUCACUGAACAGGACGUACUGGUCACAAAGCUUGGAAUUCAGGGAUUAGAAAUUUCUGACUUUUAUCUGGAGUUCAGGUUUUUUUUAGUCUGCAUGGUCAUGAAAAUUGCUGCUAUAUUUUUUCAGUGAUAAAGAAAUCGUAGUCUCUGGUUUACUUCUCUAGCACGGAGGGCACUGUUCCAAGCAGUUCUUGAAAUCUAUAACUCCAGUGGAUACAAAAAUGUGGAAACGUUUUCAAAAGUUGUCUGUUAAAUUAUAUAAAUCAAAUAUUUUAAGAGAACUUGGUUUUGGUAAUCUUAAAUAUUUUAUAACUUUCCUGGCGAAGUUCUAAUCUUAAUCUCCUAUUUCAAAAGUUGUCUAUGACAACUCCAGUGGCUACAAAAAUGUGGAAACGUUUUCAAAAGUUGUCUGUUAAAUUAUAUAAAUCAAAUAUUUUAAGAAAACGUGGUUUUGGUAAUCUUAAAUAUUUUAAAACUUUCCUGGCGAAGUUCUAAUCUUAAUCUCCUAUUUCGAAAGUUGUCUAUGAAAAUUAUAUCAAAUAAAAUAUUUUACUAAUAUCAACUAAAUAUGGCUGAAUCUUUCUACUGUCCUAUUACAAAAUAAUCUUAAAUGUAAACUAAAUUAUAGCUUGUAAAUGUACAAAGUUAUUAAAAAUGAAGAAAAAUAAGGAGAAUUUCCCAUGACACAGUUGUGACUCACUCUUGACUCCAGUUGUGAAUGUUUUUCCUAACAGGAAUGUUCUUGUUUAUCAAAUAUCUAAUCCACAAUUUGGAGAGUAGGUUUUUCUAAUAAA